CAGAGUGUGGUUGUGAUUUGUCUGACGCUCACUGAAUGCAACAUUGUUCUGUGUUUCAGGUUUACUACCACGGACCCAGUCCUGGCAUGGGUCCUGUGGGCCAUCCUCCACCUGCCGGCCCUGGACAAUGGAACGGUCCUCCACCGUCCCCUGGAUAUAACCCCGGCUACCCUUCCACCAACCCCGGCUACCCUUCCACCAACCCCGGCUACCCUCCCACCAACCCCGGCUACCCGACACUCUCUGACCGAUCAGUGGUCGGGAGUCUGGAAGAGUAAAAGAACCGAGUCGAGUCGAGUCGAGCUGGGACUGUAUCACAGAAAAGGCGUCAUAAUUA